UGGCCCAGGCAUUUAAUGUCAUCAAUUGGCCUAUGUCGUUAUGGUGGGAGGAUUGACUGCUGCUGGGGCUGGGCUCGCCAGUCCUGGGGACAGUGUCAGCCUGUGUGCCAACCACGAUGCAAGCAUGGUGAGUGUAUUGGGCCAAACAAGUGCAAGUGUCAUCCUGGGUAUGCUGGAAAAACCUGCAAUCAAGACGAGCACUUCUACCCAACUCCUCUUGACCAAGGCAGUGAACAGCCUCUUUUCCAACCCCCGGAUCAUCAAGCCACAAGUUUACCUUCAAGGGAUCUAAAUGAAUGUGGCCUGAAGCCUCGGCCCUGUAAGCACAGGUGCAUGAACACUUAUGGCAGCUACAAGUGCUACUGUCUCAAUGGAUAUAUGCUUAUGCCGGAUGGGUCCUGCUCAAGUGCCCUGACAUGCUCCAUGGCAAACUGUCAGUAUGGCUGUGAUGUAGUCAAAGGGCAAAUACGGUGCCAGUGCCCCUCUCCUGGCCUACGGCUGGCUCCUGAUGGGAGGACCUGUGUGGAUAUUGAUGAAUGUGCUACUGGAAGAGCCUUCUGCCCUAGAUUUAGGCAGUGUGUCAACACUUUCGGGAGUUACAUCUGCAAGUGCCAUAAAGGCUUUGACCUCAUGUACAUUGGAGGCAAAUACCAAUGUCACGAUAUAGACGAAUGUUCCCUUGGUCAGUAUCAGUGCAGUAGCUUUGCUCGAUGUUACAACGUACACGGGUCCUACAAGUGUAAAUGUAAAGAUGGAUACCAGGGCGAUGGACUGAGUUGCGUGUAUAUUCCCAAAGUCAUGAUUGAACCCUCAGGUCCAAUUUAUGUGCCAAAAGGAAAUGAUACCAUUUUAAAGGGUGAUGGAGGACAUAAUAAUUGGAUUCCUGAUGUCGGAAGUACUAGGUGGCCUCUGAGGACACCAUAUAUUCCUCCUGUCAUUACCAGCAGGCCUACAUCCAAGCCAACAAUAAGACCUACACCAAAGCCAACACCACAGCCUACUCCACCACCACCACCACCCCUGCCAACAGAGCUCAGAACACCUCCACCAACAACACCACCAGAAAGGCCAACCAUCAGACUGACAACUAUAGCACCAGCUGCCAGUACAUCUCCAAGUGUGAUUACAGUUGACAACAGGAUACAGACAGAUCCUCAGAAACCCAGAGGAGAUGUGUUCAUUCCACGGCAGCCUUCAAAUGACUUGUUUGAAAUAUUCGAAAUAGAACGAGGAGUCAGUGCAGAUGAGGAAGCAAAGGAUGAUCCAGGUGUUCUGGUACACAGUUGUAAUUUUGACCAAGGACUUUGUGGAUGGAUCAGGGAAAAAGACAGUGACUUGCACUGGGAACCAAUCAGGGACCCAGCAGGUGGACAAUAUCUGACAGUAUCGGCAGCCAAAGCCCCAGGGGGAAAAGCUGCUCGCUUGGUGCUACCUCUCGGCCACCUCAUGCAUUCAGGGGACCUGUGCCUGUCGUUCAGGCACAAGGUGACUGGGCUGCACUCUGGCACGCUCCAGGUGUUUGUGAGAAAACACGGUGCCCAUGGAGCAGCCCUGUGGGGAAGAAAUGGUGGCCAUGGCUGGAGGCAAACACAGAUCACCUUGCGAGAGGCAGACGUCAAGAGCGUCAUCUUCAAAGGUGAAAAAAGGCGUGGUCACACUGGGGAGAUUGGAUUGGAUGAUGUGAGCUUGAAAAAAGGCCACUGCUCUGAAGAACACUAACAACUCCAGACCUAGCAAUGAACGCCUGUGUCGCUCCCUCUUCUUUUUCCAAUCCUCACCUUCUCUCCUCUUUUCCCUCUUAUCAGGCCUAGGAGAAGAGAGGGUCAGUGGGUCAGAAGGAGGUCUGGUUGGUGACCCACAUCUUGCUGGCCUGCUUUUGUGCAAUCUCAAUGAACAGUGACAACCUCCUUGAAAUACAGGGGCAUCUGUAGACACAUCCAAGCCAUCUUUGGGUGGCACCUUCCAUCCUGUGUUUCUUUCAGGAAGGCCUUUGAUGUGUGUGACCCAUACCAUCCUUCAUCCUGGUUGCAAGGAGCUCCUUGUAGCAAAUUAUGGGAGAAGUAUCAAAUGAAAUCUGUACAAAUGGCCAUUCUGUUAUCUGUUCAGUGUUGUGCCGUUAGUAGUAUUGACUUCCCUUAAGGUAUGAUGUACAAUGUGCUUGUUAAAUAGGUUUAUCCUCCUAACUUAAGUUAGUUCUGGCCUGACCUGAACUCUGACUUUUACUGCCAUUCACUUUAUAAAAUAAGGGUGUGUAACUUAUCAAGAUACAUUUAUUCUUAUUAUCUGCAUUUUUCUUUUAAAGUAGAGUGGGCACGUAAUCCCUCAUUAGUUGUACUGUGUUUUGUAUAAAUGUGCUCUUAAUAUUAAGUAUUUACAUGUUUCUACUAUUUACAGACUCUAGUUGCACGGUAAAAGGCAGCUUAUGAUCUCUUGAGUUAAAAAAUAUGUGGUGAAGUGUCAUCCCAUCCCAUGACCUUAUAUU